AUGGUUCCUACAAAUGAGUCCCCCAAAGAUCGGAUCAGCGCGGCAGCAGCUGAAGGAGAGCGACUACUCUCGAUUAUUGCUGCCACUGAAGAUACUGCAGCCACUCUAACCCAGGUCAAACUCGAUCUUGCUGCCCUUAAAAACAUAUGGUAUGAUGCAGAUUCUUUAUAUAGCGAAUUGUCCGCUCGUCUCAGAACGGAGCAGAAGGAGUUUGAAGAUCUACGAGACAGCCAUAUAAGAAAGUUCUUUGGUGGUUCACAGUAUAGCGAGAAGCUCACCAAGGAGGAGAAUGACGUGGUAGAGUUGCUGGAGUGGCAGGAUAAGGCGGACAAGACGCGCAAAGAGCUCAAGGCCCAAGUGGAUGACAUGAAGGAGCGAAGGCAGAAGUUGGAACACAUGACCGAGCAACGCGUGCAAGCCCUGAAUGAUCUGGAUAAGCUUCAUGCAGCUAUCUUCGACGGGCCUUCGCCAGAUAAUACUGAAGAAGAUAUACUCGAGGCAGAGAUGGAAGCAGCUCAACAGAUAUUUGAUCCCAUACAGAAACGAUGCAGCCAAGUGGCUUCAGUGGUUAAUUACAUCACAAUGGCUCGCUCCCGUGUCACCUUCGCCGCCGGAAGUGCAGCAAAGGCGCUCAAAAUCUCGGAAUCGGACAUCUUUGAUCUGAAACCCGGAGCUGGAAGAAGAGCUAAUCAACACUUCAAUUCCGCAGUCGCUGACCGGAAAGAGCGAGAAGAGCUGGGAUUGGUCCGACUUAGUCUGGCAGAGGCUUCGCAAUUCCUCGCUCUGGCUCACGAGCUUGAUCCCAAAGUCGGUGGGUUCAUCAUGCCCAAGGUCGCAGAUGGGAAAAGCGCUGCUGGCAGACUGGACGACUGGAUCAACACACCAGUGACUGACUAUUUGUUCCAUCGGGAGAUCAAAGCAACUGCAGAGGGCAUAGCUGCGGCGGGCGCGAUUGUAGACGAGGAGCUGCGAUUGGCAGAGCAAAAGAAGAGCGUAUGGACUGAAAAGAAGGAUGCUGCGGGUAAGGACCUGAAACAUGCGAGAGAGAAACUGCAACAGCUACGAGCCCGGAUCUUCGAGGACGCUGUCAAUGGUCAAGGAAGUUCGACAGCACCGUCUUAUGAGCAGGCGACAGCAAAUGAGCAUCCACCACAAUACACAGAGACGGAACCUUGA